AGUACCCAAAGCUCUAAGUUUGAAAGUACCAGUUACGCCUUGUCCACCCUCGGAGGGAUGUCAGCGCUAGCCUGCAUGACACCACUAGUUGAAGAAUUUCCGGUUCUGCAAGAUUGCUGCAGGCAGAACACUACAACACUGUCGGCCGAGGUCGAAACCACCCGGAAAAACGACUCUACUGCAAAAGGCGACAUGAUCAGGAUCAGGUGAUGAGACUCUGUACUGAUAAGUUCGCUCACACACACGACAUCAGCUUUCACAAAUCAGGAACACAGCGCCACGACGCAACUGCCAUUUCGAUCGGCUGACGAACCGGAUUGCUAUAAGCUGCGACGUUUCUCCGACAACACUAACACUUCGAUAAAUAAUAAUACUUAAUAGUAGAAAAUGUGUUAACCCGAGAUAACUCAAUGAAGAUUGUGAAAAAGAUUGGUUGAUUGUGAAUAAGACUGAUUGUGAAAAAGGUUGAUUGUGAGGAAGAUUGAUUGAUUCAAAAUAUUUAGAUAUAGAACUAUGCAUGGCAAGAGAGAUACUUGCACAGAAAAUAAAAUAAACAAAUUGUCCGCUGAAACGAUAAGUCACUGAUAACAUUUUAAGUAUUGAUUAGGUGUGUGUAUGUUUAUGUUGUUUUUGUAGGUUAGAAGAGGAGACGAUUGGCUUCCGCCGGAAAUGACGACUUCGCAUCGGUCACCGGUGACUCAACGAGAUGCACCAAUGAUAGCGAUGAGUGAUGAGAUUCGAGUAUCACUUCGAAGCACGUUACCGAAAAGGACGAAAUUUGUGAAAUUUUCACGAAAACACACAAAACUUGAACAUUGAGUUAACUCGAGGUAGUUAACUACAAAACAGGCACAAAGAUGAACAUGACACAGGAAAUACAAUCAAACCGGCGACAUCUCGAAGUUAACCUUGAUUGCACGCGGGCACCGGUACCACUCACAGAAGCACUUAAAGACCGAGAAUCGGUGAAUCCUUUGCUUUCCACACGUGGAAAAGCCUUAACGUUGGGCGCCAGUUGAAGGGUUUCGACUCUAAAAGUCGAAAACUCUCUGAGGGAAAGAAGACUCAGGGGUUGAGUCAACGCGAUUCAGGGUUGAGUCACGUUGACUCAACCCGGCAGGAAGAAAGAUGAA